UACCUAGCAUUUAGCACAGCGACUAGCUAGCGUCGUGUGGUUGAAAUGAAUGGAGUGUUGCUCUGAUGCUUGUUUUUGACCUAAUGUUGUUAUUUAGUCGUAUAACUUAGUUAUCUUGACAUUUAUGUUUGGUAGUGUUGAGGAGGGCUAACAUGUGCCAGGCAGAUCAAUAUCCUUAUGUGCUGUGUUCAAACAGCGCCUUGCUAACAUCGGAAAGCUAGCAUGCUAACACCUAGCUUUAAUGUAAAUACUGCUGCUAGUCAAUCAAAAACACUUCAGGGCAAACAUACUUUUGGUUACUUAGGUUAUUAAACUACACAGUUAAAAAUAACAAGCUUAAAUUUCAGCAUUUGUCUGCAAAGUCAACAAAAAUAGUUAACUACAGCGUUAGCCUCAUUUUAAAUAAAUUUAAUUACAGAUGUUUGCUUUAUUUUCUAACGCCCCCAAAGCUUGACUUAAAAUAUGAAACUAUUAAAUAUGUAUACCGUAACUACUAUCAUGUAUUAAUCUUUAAACCAACGUAUUACUCUUUAUACCAUUUUUAAGACGCAUGUCAUUAAACACUGGCAUUAAAAAAUAUAAGCUGUUUGAACUGAGUUUAGUUGUCAAAUGACAUAAAAGCAACAUUAUCAUUAUUCAGGUCCAGUGAAGAUGAACGAACAGGAGGGUGGGGUGGUGUCCUUUGACGAAUAUGUGCGACAGAAGGCCCGCACUGUGCCUCAGCACAAGAUGAAGGAGUUUCUGGAUUCUCUUGCCAAAGGCCCAGAGGUGCUGCAGGAGUUCAGCCAGCAGGAAGAAGCGACCACCACCACAGCCAUGGUGUAUCAGCAGCAGGGGACCAACUGUGUCUAUGCAGACAGCACAGAGGUGGCUGGAUCACUCCUGGAACUGGCCUGCCCAGUGCAAGUGACCUCAACAGAGCUGCCACCCCAGAUGGCUGUACACCAAGGGGCCGAACAGCAACUUCACGUGCAGGUUCAGAUCCAGGAACAGCAAGGCCAGAUGGUUGGACAGGUUCUUCAGGUGGCUUCUCCCACUCAGGAGGACCUGCAGGGACUCUCAACAGCCCAGCUGGUACAGCCGGGAGAGCUCACAGAGGAACAGCAACAACAGAUUCAAGCUCAACUCAUUGCAGCUGUUGCUGGAGGACAGCAAAUCCAGCUGUCUAGUGGUGAACAAAUCCAGCUGCAAGGAACACAACACAUUCAGCUCCCAGGAGGACAGCAAAUUCAGCUGCAGGCUGGCCAGCAGAUUCAGCUGCAAGGUGGGCAACAGAUCCAGAUCCAGACCAUAGAGGCCAUGUCUCCUUCCCAGCAACAGGAGUCUCCCAGGGAAGCGGAGAGGAGGCCCGGUGCCAUUGCAACUGUUCUCCAACCAGCUAAGAAGCGCAAGGUGGAUCUACCCCUUGCUGUUUCCUAUGCCGUGCCACAGGGGCAGCAGUUAGCCACAGUUCUGACCAUACCUCAAGGCCAGCAGCAGAGUUACGUGUCCCUCCGACCAGAUUUGCUGACGGUUGACAGUGCUCAGCUGUACAGCACAACUGGAACAAUCACAGGUCCCACAGGCGAGACCUGGACCAUUCCCGUGUACUCCACUCCACAGCAGCAGGGCGUAACCCACAUCGCUAUACCACAGGAUGCAUAUAGCACGGUGCAGGUUACCACCAGCAACGGCAAGGACAAGGUACCCUCCAGCUGUGCAUCAAGGUCCACAGAUGUUCAGUCAGCCUCUGUCACAACGCAGGAGGAAAUUGUACAGACCCUGUUGCCUGCACAGUUUAUGAACGGGAAUAUCCACAUCCCCGUGGCUGUUCAGACCGUAGGAGGGACUUACAACACCACACAGUCGGUGCACAUAUGGGACCCAAGUCAGCAGCAGUGCCAAGGAGAGGGACAAGAGCAGCAGCUCCAUCUGCAGACCCAAGUGGAGACUGAGGCAGACGCCGAACCGCCUACAGAGAUCCUGGUUCCCGUCUCUCUGAAACCAGAGGAGGGCCUGGAGGUGUGGUGCUUAUGGGCCAAGCGAAAAAACGCUGAGCUAAGCUUACAGGAAAAAACAAAACUGGCACCAAUUGGACGCCGCCAGCCUCUGCGCUUUCAGGAGGACUUGGUUUCCAGCGCUGUUGCGGAGCUCAACUUGGGUCUGUCUCUGAUGACUCAGGAAGCACGAGGAUCCGAUGAAGAGCAACUGGCCCCUGAUGUUCUAUAUUACGUGUUCUUGUGUAUACAGAAGUAUCUGUCCGAUAAUGGACGUGUGGACGAUAUUUUCUCCGAUCCUUACUACACACGUUUUUGUGAGAGUAUACACAAACUCUUGCAAGACUGGAAACCCAGCAUCCAUCCUUUAGGUUAUAUCAUUCCAAGCCAUGUGACUGAGGAGAUGUUGUGGGAGUGUAAACAGCUGGGCGCUCACUCGCCGGCCACAUUACUUACAACUCUAAUGUAUUUCAACACUAAAUAUUUUCGCCUGACAACACCUGAACAGCACAUGAAAGUAGCUUUCUCGAAGGUCUUGAGACACACGAGGAAGAACCCCACAAACGCCAAGGACAAGGCAACCAGUAUUCGCCUUCUGAAAACCCAGAGUCAACACAGCGCCGGGCAUAAAGGAACUGAUGACAUGUAUGAAGAGCAGAUUGAAGAUCCUGAGAACCCACUCCGCUGUCCAAUUAAACUUUACGACUUUUACCUCUUCAAAUGCCCUCAAAGUGUAAAGGGACGCAAUGACGCUUACUACAUGACCCCUGAGCCUGUCGUGGCGCCUAACAGUCCGAUGUGGUAUUCGCCCCAGCCCCUCACAAGUCAGCAAGUGGAACUCCUGCUGGCUCGACUCAUCGUGGUCCGAGAGAUCCAGGAGAUCAUUGGCACUAGUCCAGAAAACUAACACAAAGGGAUUGACUGGACUUCAGAUUGACUAUGCAGUACCCAUCCUGAUUAUACAGCUAUAGCCAUCGAAUGAAGCAGGAGAGCUUCUAAAACAAUCACAUUUUUGAGGAGAGUAUCCUGAUUGCUUUGGCUAGUUCCAGACAUUCCCCUUGGUUUUUCAGCCGAUGGGUUGGAUGUUUAUUUCUGGUGGAUUUGUUAGAAACCAGCUACGUAAUCUUUGAACCUGCUGAGCGAGAUUGACUCGGGUCAAGAUUGAUACAACUGAUCAAAUUUGCUAUGUUUUCAUAUAGAAGUCCUAUCAACAUGAUAUAAAGUUAUUCGAUAGUUUAAAAUCUUACGCUCACGUCUAACUUCUCCCCACCGGCACAGAUAGAUUUAAACUCAUAAAUUUGCUCAGUCUUUUGUAUUCUCACUGCUGUUUAAACAUGUUUAUUAAAUCUGAAGAACUUG